AUGGUUUCUGGGUCUCCGUCAUUUUGCUGGAUCCGAUGGGAAAAUGUUUGGGCUUUGAUUUGUAUCGGUUCGGAUCUGAGCUUGGAGCUCUUAGUCUCACUGUCGGAUUUUAUACUGUUUUCUCAGUUGGCAUUAGUUUUGCUGCUGGCAUUGAGCAGACUGAUUCCGAGUUACGGCGCCGGAAACGUGUGCGAUCUUGGUCGGAGACCAGACACGAGACCACACAGUGUGUCAAUUUUGGAGUUUGGUGCGGUUGGAGAUGGGAAAACGUUGAACACACUCGCCUUUCAGAAUGCUAUGUACUAUCUAAAGACUUUCACCCAUAAAGGUGGUGCUCAGCUCUAUGUUCCUCCGGGACGCUGGCUCACUGGAUGUUUUAGUCUCACCAGUCAUCUCACUCUCUUUCUCGAUAGAGACGCCGUCAUUCUUGCCUCCCAGGAUCCAUCGCAUUGGGAAGUUGUGGAUCCAUUACCGUCGUAUGGACGGGGCAUUGAUCUACCUGGGAAGAGAUACAUGAGUUUGAUAAAUGGCGAUAUGCUACAAGAUGUAGUAGUAACAGGUGAUAACGGUACUAUAGAUGGGCAAGGCCUGGCUUGGUGGGAUAUGUUUAAUUCUCAUUCUUUAGAGUACAGUCGCCCUCACCUCGUUGAGUUUGUCUCUUCUGAAAAUGUCAUUGUCUCAAAUCUUACAUUCUUGAAUGCUCCGGCUUAUACUAUCCAUUCAGUAUAUUGUAGCCAUGUAUACAUUCAUAAAGUAACAGCAAAUACUUCUCCAGAAUCUCCUUAUACCAUCGGCAUUGUCCCGGAUUCUUCUGAUAAUGUUUGCAUCCACGAUUCUAGCAUCAACAUGGGCUAUGAUGCCAUUUCCCUGAAAAGUGGUUGCGACGAAUAUGGUAUUUCGUAUGCUCGACCUACUGCGAAUGUCCAGAUAAGAAAUGUGUACCUCCAAGCAGCCUCUGGUUCGUCCAUUUCCUUUGGCAGUGAAAUGUCUGGUGGAAUAUCUGAUGUCGAGGUCAGCGAUGCUCAUAUACACAACUCAUUCUCGGGGAUUGCUUUUAGAACAACAAAAGGAAGAGGCGGUUACAUGAAAGAGAUCGAUAUUUCCGGCAUCCAUAUGGUUAAUGUUGGUACUGCGUUUCUAGCCAAUGGUAGCUUCGGAACUCACCCGGAUUCUGGUUUCGACGCAAAAGCUUUCCCACUCGUGAGUCACAUCAGAUUACAUGACAUUGUUGGAGAAAACAUAAGCAUCGCCGGGGCUUUCUUUGGAACCAAAGAGUCUCCUUUCACUUCGGUUUUGUUGUCAAAUAUUUCUCUCUCGAUGAUGAACUCGGGUUCUGCUGCUGAUUCUUGGCAAUGCUCAUAUGUUGAUGGGUCUUCAGAAUCCGUGGUCCCUGAGCCGUGUCCUGAGCUGAAGAGUUUUGAUAGUUCCUCAGGUAGAGCUUUAGCCUUUUGA